AGCGGAGUCUAUGGUCCGUCUCACCUGGACGGCUGGACGGCAACUGAUUGCCACGACCUUUCUCUCCUGCCGCCGUCCUACUCUAGUAGUAGUACUCCCUUUCCCUUCCCAUGAUCCCAUCCCACCUACAAAAAGCCAAGCCACCGAGCCGAUGAGAGCCUGACGCUGCACCUCCACCGUCUGAUUAGCUCAGGGGACGGGAUUGGAGUUAAUUAGGUUUAGCGACAGUGAAGAAGCGGAGCGGAGAGGAUGGUGAAGACCAUGGCGGGGUGCCCCGCGAAGAUGGGGUUCCGGAUGCCGGCGGAGUGGGAGCCGCACGAGCAGUGCUGGAUGGGCUGGCCCGAGCGUCCUGACAAUUGGCGGGAGAAUGCCGGUCCAGCUCGAAAAACAUUUGCGAGAACCGCAAUUGCCAUUUCAAAGUUUGAGCCCGUCACCAUUUGUGCAAGUGCCGAACAGUAUCCUUAUGUCCACAAGCUAAUGCAACAUCAGCCGAACAUCAGGGUGGUUGAGAUGAGCAUGAAUGAUUCCUGGUUUCGUGAUACUGGUCCCACUUUUAUUACACGUAAAGGCGGAUCAGAUAUAGGACUCACAGAUCAAACAAUAGCAGGAAUUGAUUGGGAAUUUAAUGCCUGGGGAGGAGUUGGUGGUGGUUGCUACGAUGAUUGGAGUCUUGACAGAAACAUUGCCAAGAAAAUAAUUGAUAUGGAGAGGAUCCCUAGGUUUCCACACAGAAUGGUUCUCGAGGGUGGAAGCAUUCAUGUAGAUGGAGAAGGUACAUGCAUUACGACCGAAGAAUGCUUGUUGAAUCCUAACAGAAAUCCCAACAUGACCAAACUAGAGAUAGAGAAUGAGCUCAAGGAUUUUCUUGGAGUCACAAAGAUCAUUUGGAUACCUCGGGGACUUUAUGGUGAUGAGGAUACAAAUGGACAUGUUGACAAUUUAUGCUGUUUCAUUAAACCUGGUGUUAUCCUCUUGUCAUGGACGGAUGACGAGAACGACCCACAGUAUGAACGGUCGGUUGAGGCACUAGCAACUCUCUCUCAAGCUGUCGAUGCAAAAGGGCGGCACAUAGAAGUGGUAAAAAUCAACAUACCAAGGCCUCUAUACAUCACAAAGGAAGAGGGGGAUGGUGUUGACGCAACGGGGCAUGCUGUACCAAGGGUACCUGGUGACAGAUUGGCUGCCUCAUACGUGAACUUCUACGCAGCGAACGGUGGAAUCAUAGCACCAGCUUUCGGUGACAAGCAGCGGGAUGACGAAGCGCGUGAGGUUCUCCAGAAAGCAUUUCCUGACCAUGAGAUUGUGAUGGUCGAAGGCGCAAGAGAGAUCGUGUUGGGAGGAGGGAACAUACACUGCAUCACGCAGCAGCAGCCCGUGCGCCCGUCGUAGAUGAACUGCGUGGAGAAACGACCAUGCUCGGCACUGUGGUCAUGAUUCAAUCACUUAUUGUUGCUCCCCAGGCGUUGAUAGAUUGCCCAAGUGCAAUAUUGGUGAAUUGUAUACAUAUCAAACGCCCGCAGCAUCUUGCACAUUGAAAUUGCUUCGCAGGCAAAUUGAUAUAUCGUAAGAUCGAUAUUGAAUGGAGUAAUACGUAGUAGAGUACAAUACUAUCUA